AUGGACACGACUAUGCAAGAAUACUACGGUGACGAGCCCGCCGAGGAUGACGCCAACGCCCAGAACACAAACUCAUCACAGCCGUCGGCACCCCUCCCGGACCCCAAUUCCACCCCGAGGGCGCCAAAACAACAGAGGACGAUGGGGACGAUGGCUUCGGAGGCCGCUGUGUCGGACGCAGACUCGAGAAGCGUCACCACGACCUCCUCCAUCAACAGCUCAGCACAUUCCCUUGGGACAUCAGCUUCCAGGGGGAAGAAGCGCCCGCGCCAACCGAGUCCACGGAAACAAAAAGCCGUCAUGAGCCUGGAGGAUGCCAUCGAAUCUGUCAGCUUCGGGAGUGGCAUGGACCGACCUAUUCUGUUAGAUGAACUCGAGAGCCGCAUAGAGACUCUCGCAGAGGGCAGUGGAAUUGUGUCCCCCACACACAAGAACUCCCUAGUUUCCCAGGCGCAGCGCAGUCGACAGUUUAGCUGGGUCAAGAAUAAAUCUUUCGCCCGUAUUUCGCCGCGUCGUGCUCCUCAGGAUUCAACACCCCUGUCUAGCCGUGAUCAACUGGGACCUACGCCAACUGUCGAGUGGGUCAAAGAGAUAUGGCGACAAGCCGAUGAUGCCGAGAAGAUGGGCCAUCACGAGGGCCACUGGAACUGUGCUGUCCAUUAUCCUUUGCUCUAUGCCGCCCUCCGCCACUUCCAACAGAUGGGCGUCUGUAGCUGUACCACGGCCCAGAUUCACGCAGACUACGCACGGUUCGAUAAAAUAGCCCAUCAUAACAAGAGGGUCGACUUCUGCGUUUAUGUCAAAGACGACUCCCCCGAGCUGAUUGCUGCGACUCUCGCUUCCCCAUUCCAGUCCAUCAAUCACACUGACACCGCUGGGCUCCUCCAGCGGCCCAUCGCACUCUCAGUGGAAACCAAGCUCACAGGGCAUGACUGGACACAGGCACAGAACCAGAUGGCCGCCUGGCUUCUCGCGCACUGGGAUAUGCUGGAUGACCUCGUCACGCGGGUCAGGGGUGGUGUAGUGGUUCCCCGGACUGGAGACGACGCUCGAAGGCCCCGGCCUUCGCCAGCGGCAGCCGCCGGGCUGACGCUUUUGCCCGGGAUCAUUGUGCAGGGACACGAGUGGUACUUCGUUGCGGCGACACGUGCCGCGAAUGGGAAAACCAACCUCUGGCACAAGAUGCCAAUCGGAUCUACGCAGACAAUCGAGGGGAUCUACAAGGUGUUUGCAGUGUUGCAACUGCUUGGGAAUUGGAUACAAGAGACGUACUGGCCGUGGUUUCAACGUGUCAUCCUUCGCCUUGAAUGA